UAGACAUCAGACCGGAGAUGCAGCCGGACCCAGGAGGACCUGGGAGGACGUGCAGGACCCGCAGGACCCAGGAGGCAUGAACGACAUCAAGCUGGCCCUCCUAGGGAGCCAGGGGGCCGGGAAGUCAGCGGUUCUGGUGCGGUUCCUGACCCGGCGGUUCAUUGGAGAGUACGCAUCAGACUCCAACUCGCUGUACAACAAGCGGCUGUCGAUCGACGGGCGGCAGCUGAACCUGGAGGUGUUUGACCCCUGCCCUCAGAGCUCCGAGGCCCGCUGCAUCCUGGAGGAGCCGGUGGACUGGGCCGACGGCUUUGUGGUGGUCUACAACAUCGACGACCGCACCUCGUUCACCAACGCCCAGAACAUCCUGCAGGAGAUCCGGGAGAACCGGGCCGACACCCGCAAAGGGUCCGAGGCAAAACUGGUUCAGGAGGUGGGCGUUCCCGUCUGCCUGGUGGGGAACAAGCGGGACCUGUGCCACGCCCGGCAGGUCCGGGAGGACGAGGCGCGCAGCCUGGCGCAGGAGAACCGCUGCCACUUCCAGGAGGUGUCGGCGGCCGAGGGCUACCAGGACAUCGCCAACCUGUUCACGCUGCUCAUCCGGCAGGUGAUGGAGCACCUGAAGUACCGGGCCGACCGGCGCCGCCACAGCGGCUCCAAGUCCAUGGCCAAACUCAUCAACAACGUGUUCGGCAAGAGGAGGAAGUCUGUGUGACGGCGUGGCGGACCGGUUGGGACUGGAAACAGGCGCCGGUUCGGGAGACGUGACCCGUCACCACAUCGGUGGGCCGGAGCGGCAGGAGACACCGCUGCGUCUCCAGUGACUUUAUACGUGUUCUUUCUUGAUUUUUGCUGCUUUAUUGACUUUUGGCUUUGUUUCUGUCUCAUGUC